AUGGCUUCGCCGGGCCUGCCUGCGCCGCCCAGCAGGUUGUGCGCCUUGCCGCGCUUGGCUAAGGCGGAGAAGAAGGAGCAACCAGAACCUGCUGACAGAGGGCCACGUGAGGCGGCCGCUGCGGCUCUCGCAGCCUCCGUCGCCUUCUUCAAGCGCCGGCCGGGUCGCCCGCCGCGCCCGCCUCCCUCGCCGCGGCCGCGAGGCCUCUUGCUGUUGCUGCAGGACUACACUCCGCCAGCCAUCCUCAGCAUCGCCACCUUUGUCUUGUCCAUCCUGCUGCCACAAAGAUUGGUGGCAUUGUUCUGGUCGCUCUUCGUGCUGCUGGCAGCGCAGCCGCGACGGAGGGAAGAGGUUCCUGCCGUGGAUGCGGCGCCAGAUCCAGGCAGCAAUGACGUGGCAGAAGUGUCUCUCCUGAACACAGCGGUGCAGGAGAUGUGGCCUGAGAUCACCAGCUUCAUCCGGACCGUGCUGAAAGAGACCGUGGAGGAGGCGAUCCAGACGCGGGUGCCCUGGUUUCUGAAGUCCCUGGGCUUCGGGCGCAUCUCUUUCGGGGACUCCGCCUUGAAGGUGGAGCAGUUAGAUGUGGAGCGGCUUAUGCAGGCAUCCAACAAGGCAGACACAGUAAGGAGCUUCAAGGUCUCCAGCCUGGUUGCCUGGGAUGCGGAUGUGGACGUGGCCCUUACCGCGCCCGGGGCCGCUCUCAGCGCGGAGCAUGUGCUGGUGAAGGGCCGCUUGGACGUUUGCUUGCAGCAGAUCUUGCCGAGGCCACCCUUCUUCACCGGCAUCUCCUUCUACUUUGCGGAUGUGCCGAAAGUUGUUCUGACCCUGGACGGCACGCUUGUUGGUGUUCGGGUCUCUUUGUCCUGGCUGGAACGAUUGCUCGCGGACAUCAUCCAGAAGCAGCUGGCGGAGCAGAUCGUGCUCCCCACGGUCGCGGCGGUGCUGCUUGACGUCACCAACGAGGAUGCUUGGUUCGACGCAGGUCACGUGUUCCCAGAAGGCGUCAUCACAGUGGUGGUGCACAGCGCCAGCAAAUUGGCGGCCAAGGAUAUGGCACUGCCCUUCGGCCUCUCCCAGCCAAGUUCCGACCCAUACUGCAAGCUUUCUCUGGGAGGCAGUUCUUGGCGUACGCCAACCCGGCCUCAGAACUUGAAUCCUCGCUGGACGGAGGCAGAGCCAGCCACCAGUUCCUGGUGCACUCCCGCAGCGAGCAGCAGCUGCUGCUUCAAGUCUAUGACGAGAAUCCGUACACGGAGGAGCUUCGUCUCCUUGCCGGUCUCUGACGUGAAGGAGGCAGAGCUGGAGCUUCAAGAGGGCCAGGGCACCGUCACCAUUUCAUCCCGCUGGGAAGAUCUCAGGUUGGAGGAGUCCAACGUGCGUGCUCAGAUGCGCGCGCUGGACGGAACAAACCUGAAGUCCACGCCUGCCUUUGUAGUUUUCGUGGGCAUUGACAGCUGUAUCUUCAAGGAUUCGGAUGAAGUCAGCGAGAAGAAGCAAUCCUACACCUGCAAAGUCUCAUGUGAGGAUCACGAGGACACCGUAAAGAGCCGUCGUUCCCGGAAGCGCGGACGCUACGGUGCCACCGCCUGGUGGCGCCGCGGCUUUGGGGAAGGAGAGGAGGAAACGCCGGAGGAGGUUGAGACGAUUGAGGAAGCGCACAACGUGGCAAACUUCCAGGCGACAUUCACCCAUUUGAUGAAAGGCGACCCCCGCAGUGCCUUGGUGCACGUCAAGGUGGAGAAGAAGAAGCGAGGGCCUCUUCCGGGCCAGGACGUCGUUGGGGAGUUGUACUUCCCGGUGUUUCGGCUCAUCCACGCAGCUGGCAACACCACAAAGGUGACUUUGCCGCUUGGGGAGGCGCGGCUGUCGCUGAUCGCCCAGCUGCGGGCGACUGGCUUCGAGCCGAAGGAUGCAGCAAAAGACGAUUCGCAUGCUCCGGCCUUCAAAGACCUCGCGAGCUUCAAAGGAUGCUUUCGAGGCCUCCACCCAUUGAUUCACGGCACGGAUGCCUUCCUCACCGAGGCACCUGCCAAUGCCGAGCUUCAUUCGCAAUCGCCAGCCCAGUCAGCCGCACUUUCACUGGGCAAGGAUGAGCCAAUUGUGCUGGCGGCGGCCGAGUUGGCAGCGGCUGAGGAGCUGGCAGAGGAAGAGCUGACGCAGAUGGCGUUGCCAGAGGCAGCACCAGAAAUGGUACCAGAAGCAGAACUUCCCGUGGAGAAGUUGCCCACCCUCCUGACGUCUAAGGCAAUGGUACGAGCACCUCAGGAUGACAAAGGCAAGGAGCCGGAGGAGAAAGAGGAGCUCUCGCUGCUCACGACGGCCUACAACUCAGCAGAUGUGUCCGCUGCCUCCACGCCUGUGAAGCCCUUUGGCUGCUGCACGGACCAUGCCGCCCUGGAUGUGUUGGAAUGGCCGGCUGAGCAGCUCUGGGAGGUGUCCAGCAAGGUGGGGCAUGCGGCCUGGCACGGCAGCCUGCAGGUGGCAAGCUUCCUGUCGCAGCAGCUGCACGUGGCGGCACAGCUGGCGAAGCCUCACGUGGAGUCCUUGGCCAACUCCGCGGCGCAGGCGCUGAGGCCCGACACCAAGCGGGAGCUCCUGCCCAUGCCCAAGUCCACCUGGGAGGCCAACCACAAGCGCGCCGGGCUCACGCCCCCCAACCUUGCCGCAGUGAUGCCGGACCUGGCGCAGUAUGACGUGUGUCAGAGGACUUCGUUGGCCAGUGCGCCGUGCCCUCCCCCGCGCAUGUGGAACAGUUGCCAGAUGCCUGUAGCCGACAGGCCCCGGCAAGCUCAGAGCUUUCCGGCGCUGGCGGGCUACGACCCCUCCAGGGAUGCGCGUUUGCGGUACUCCAUGGGCGUCCCGCCGAGCCAAUCCUUCGCAGGCGCUCCAGGUGUCAAUAUGGUGCCGCAUCUCACACCGGCCUCCAGCUUUCGCUCUGAUGUUCCGCGGCUCCCGUACGCUUCGAGCUUUCAAUCAGGAGCCAGCUUUGCGGCGCCGCCGCUGGCAUCCAGCUUUCGGGAAGUUCAUCAAUUUCAGCAGGGCCUUUCUUCAGGCUUUGAGCCCGUGGCACACAGCCAGGCAAAGAUUCUCGGAACCAAGCUGGGUGAGAGGCGGCCCUUGUCAGAGGCCAGAAUUCGGCCCUACGUCCAGCCGCAGCAGGACGUGACUAAUUCAUGA